AUGACAACCAACUGCUCUUUUGAGGAGGUGGAUCACCUGAUGAAAUACCUGGAGCUGGUGGUUUAUGUGCCCAUCUUCCUCUUUGGUCUGGUUCUUAAUAUUCUGGCUCUGCUGGUAUUCUGUGUCUCUCUUCGCAAAUGGACUGAAUCCACGAUCUACAUGACCAACCUGGCUCUGAUGGACCUGCUCCUCCUCUUCCCUCUGCCCUUCAAAAUGCACGCCACCAACCACCUCUGGCCAGCCCACCUCCAGCUCCUCUGCUCCUUUUCUGAAAGCCUGUACUUUGUUGGGAUCUACGGCAGCAUCUACACUAUCAUGUGUAUUUCCGUGGACCGCUGGUUGGCUAUCAGACACCCGUUCAGAGCCAAGCAGUUGCGCUCCCCUAAAGCAGCAUUUGGGACCUGUGUGAUAGUCUGGGUGGUUGUGGUGGCAGCAAUGUCUCCCAUCUAUGGGUUUCGUGAGGACGUGCAGGGUGAUUUCCACUGCUUCCAUGGCUACUCGGAUAAAGGCUGGAGCCCUGUCAUCAUUUUCUGUGUUGAGGUGUUUGGCUUCCUGGGGCCAGCGCUGGUCCUGGUGUGCUGUUCAGUUCAGACCAUCUGGGCACUAAGGGAGUCUGGCCAGCAGAGCCCCACAAGUAGAGCCUGCGUGAAGAUCAUCUACAGUAGUCUGUGUGCCUUCCUGGUGCCUUUCACCCCGAGUCACCUUGCUAUACUGCUCCAGUUUCUGGUGCGCCAAGGUACAAUCAAGGACUGCGGGGCCCAGACCAGGAUCAGCUUGUUCAUCCAGAUAGCCAUGAGCCUGUCAAACAUCACCUGCUGUCUGGACGCUCUGUGUUACUACUUCAUUGCCGACGAAGUGAGGAGUACCAGACGGAUUUUCAGGAGGCUUUCAUCCAGUCAACGAAAAGCCACGUUCAGCACCUCCGAGGUCUGA